GACAAUGUUUUCAGGAACUGUACCCCAGCUGCCGGGGUAGUCUAAAAUUAAUCUCUCUCUUUAUUGGCCAUCAGGCCCAAAGCCUUUUUAUGGGUGUGUGUUUGUGCUAUGUGAGUGCCCCAACAGGGGUUCGCUUCUCGUGACCAGAAAUGUUCUAACCUGAGAGACAGAUCCAGACAUACAGAGGCAGCCUACUACUAAAGGACCAGGCAGCCAUGUCGGUCUCUCAGAUCACCCCCACCCUGUUCCUGAGUGGAGCAGACGCCCCCCUCAACCAGGCCCUGGUCUCCCGCAAGGGCAUUACCCUCAUCAUCAAUGCCACCCUCAACCACGCCUGCCCAGUCUACCCAGGCGUGGAGUGCCUGCGUGUGCCCGUCUCCGACCUGCCCAGCGCCCGUCUGGGCGACCACUUUGACCGUGUGGCAGAGCGCAUCCACAGCAACCGGACYGGUGGUACGCUGGUGCAUUGUGCGGCUGGCAUGAGCCGCUCGCCGGCCCUGGUCAUAGCAUACCUAAUGCGCUACCGGGGCGUGACUCUGUGCCGGGCCCACGCAUGGGUGCAGGAGAGUCGGCCGUACGUACGACUCAACGCGGGUUUCUGGMCGCAGCUACUAGAGUUUGAGAAGAGGCUCUAUGGGAAGAAUACGGUUAAGGUGGCUGCGCCCAUGCCGCCCCUGUCGCCAUGGACACUGCGGUCAUCAUGGACACAGCGGUCACCACCGCUGUUGCCCGGGUCACCGUUGUUGUCGUCUUUGUCGCAGGCCAAGAGGUUGAAGAAGGGUAGGCUUGUAAGGAAGUAGUAGGGAGGGGAGUUUGCUUUUCUGUCUGAAGAUGUGAGGGAAGAACUUACAGCCCUACUGCCUGAGGAUGUAAACCAGGGAAGCAGGCAUGUCCCCUGCCUUGAUUUGAUAAGGGAAAUAUAGUACAAUAAUAAUCUUUAUAUAUAUGUACACUGAACCAAAAUAUAAACACAACAUGCAACAAUUUCUAAGAUUUUACUGAGUUACAGUUCAUAUAAGGAAAUCAUUCAAUUUAAAUAAAUUCAUUAGGUCSUAAUCUAUGGUWUUCACAUYACUGAGAAUACAGAUAUGCAUCUGUUGGUCACAGACACCAUAAAGAAAGGUAGGGGCGUGAAUCAGAAAACCAGUCAGUAUAUGGUGUGACCACGUUUCGCCUCAUGUAUCGCGACAGAUGAGUUGAUCAGGCUGUUGAUUGUGGCCUGUUGAAUGUUGUCCCACUCCUCUGCAAUGGCUAUGCGAAGUUGCUGGA